CUGCGUAACGCCUGCAUCGUCCCGUCACCAAAGACUGCAUAUCAUCCUCCGUUACCUCAAACGCUUCCAUCGUCCCUUUCCACCUUGCAUUUUGCUCGUUUGACCGGUCGGUUCUUCUGUAAAUUGCAUCUCGUGACCUCUCAACAAUGGCCGACAACGUUGCCGCUUCGACCUCCUCGACCCUCCCUCCUCCUCCCCAAAACCCGGCGGCUGCCUCCAACCAGCAGUACGAUGCCUCCCAGGGCAAUGGUCAAGCUAAUCCAUCCCACAUGCCACCGCCUCCCCGCCCGCCCGUGGUGAUUCCUCAGAACACCAACCCCAUCCCGACCGCCAUUACCUCUCCGAUGUCCGGAAACAUGAUGUCCCCGACCAGCGCCGGUGGCUUCGUACGUCGGGCUGCCCCUGAACCGAAUAAGCGGGCUUUGUAUGUUGGUGGCCUUGACCCUCGCGUCACUGAGGAUAUCCUGAAACAAAUCUUCGAGACUACUGGCCAUGUCGUCAGUGUCAAGAUCAUUCCGGAUAAGAACGUAAGUCAGCCUUCUGAUAAGUUCAACAGUAAGGGGUACAACUACGGCUUCGUGGAGUUCGAUGACCCUGGUGCUGCCGAGAGGGCUAUGCAGACGCUCAACGGACGCCGCAUUCACCAAUCGGAAAUUCGUGUGAACUGGGCCUACCAGUCCAACAACACAAACAAGGAAGAUACUUCCAACCACUUCCACAUUUUCGUUGGUGAUCUGAGCAACGAAGUCAAUGAUGAGGUCCUGCUCCAAGCCUUUUCCGCCUUUGGCUCCGUCUCCGAGGCUCGCGUGAUGUGGGAUAUGAAGACUGGCCGCUCCCGUGGCUAUGGAUUUGUUGCUUUCCGCGAGCGCACUGAUGCCGACAAGGCCCUGACUUCUAUGGACGGGGAGUGGCUCGGCUCUCGCGCCAUUCGCUGCAACUGGGCCAACCAGAAGGGACAGCCGUCCAUCUCCCAGCAACAGGCCAUGGCCGCAAUGGGUAUGACGCCCACUACGGCAUUCGGCCAUCAUCACUUCCCUACCCAUGGCGUCCAGAGCUACGACAUGGUCGUUCAGCAGACCCCACAGUGGCAGACCACGUGCUAUGUGGGUAACUUGACCCCUUACACCACGCAGAAUGAUCUUGUUCCCCUCUUCCAGAACUUCGGCUAUGUACUGGAGACUCGUCUGCAGGCCGAUCGCGGCUUUGCUUUCAUCAAAAUGGACUCACACGAAAACGCAGCCAUGGCCAUCUGCCAGCUCAGCGGUUACAACGUUAACGGUCGCCCUCUGAAGUGCAGCUGGGGCAAGGAUCGCCCUCCCACCGGCCAAUUCGACAACUUCUCUGGUCAACAGGGUAACUCGGGUUUCAACUCUAACCCGACCCCGUACUUCCCCCAGUACGGUGGCCCCGGCGCACCCAUGACUCCCCAAGGUCCGACGCCCAAUCAACGCGGAUGGGACCAGUCUGGAAUGGCUGGCCAAGGUUAUGGCCAGGUCCCUGGUAACGCCGGUUAUGGCCGUGGUCAGGCCACGCCUACCUCCGGCUGGAACCAGCCUAACAACGCCAACUUCGGAAAUGGUUUCAGUGGCUACCAAGCGUAGCCAUUGAUCAUCGAUCCACGCGACUGCAGGUCUGUCAGCUUGUAGCACGGCUGCUGGCAACCGCAACGGCGAUGAGCGGAGGUUACUCUUUUUCUUCCUUCCCUCCUUUUUUUAAUAUUCUCACCUGCUGGUUUUCCUACCUUUCCGCCCUAUCUCAUCUCUUUCAUGACUGCCCCCGACUAAGUGGAUUUCUAAGCGCAUCUCCCAUUCUCAAAUUCUUCCUUUUGAAAUGAAAUUUGUGUGUUCUAGUACACCCAAUACCCCAAAUCCGCUUUGUUGAGUCAACUUUUCCUAUGCUCUUUUCUUUGAACGAAUGUGCGUG